AUGAGUUUCCGUGUGUUAGACCUAGUCAAGCCCUUCGAGCCCUUGGUGCCCGAGGUCAUCGCACCAGAACGUAAGGUGCCGUUCAACCAGCGUGUCAUGUGGACUGGUGUCACCUUGUUGAUUUUCCUCGUGAUGUCGGAAAUCCCACUUUACGGUAUUGCCUCGUCUGAUGGUUCUGACCCAUUGCUCUGGCUUAGAAUGAUGUUGGCAUCCAACCGUGGUACCUUGAUGGAGCUCGGUAUCACUCCGAUCGUCUCCGCCUCCAUGGUUUUCCAGUUGUUGCAAGGAACUAAGUUGAUCCAUGUGGACAUGUCCAACAAGAACGAUAGAGAACAGUUCCAGACCGCCCAGAAGUUGUUUGCCAUCAUCUUGUCUAUCGGUCAGGCUACCGUCUACGUUUUGACCGGCAUGUACGGCCCUCCACGUACCUUGGGUACUGGUGUUUGCUUGUUGUUGGUGUUGCAAUUGGUUUUUGCUGGUAUCAUUGUCAUUUUGUUGGAUGAGUUGUUGCAGAAGGGCUAUGGUCUUGGUUCCGGUAUCUCCUUGUUCACUGCUACCAACGUGUGUGAACAGGUGAUGUGGAAAGCUUUCGCUCCAACCACUUCCUCAUCUGGAAAGGGUGCCGAGUUUGAUGGUGCCGUGAUCGCUUUGUUCCACCUUUUAGGCUCCAGAAAGGACAAGAAGAGAGCCUUGUUGGAGGCUUUCUACAGACAGAACUUGCCUAACAUGCUCCAGGUCGUGUCCACCGUGAUUGUGUUCUUUGCCGUGGUUUACUUGCAGGGUUUCAGAGUCGAGAUUCCAAUCAAGUCUACCAGACAGAGAGGCCCAUACGCCUUGUACCCAAUCAGAUUGUUCUACACUUCCAACACCCCUAUCAUGUUGCAAUCUGCGUUGUCCUCCAACAUCUUCAUCAUCUCCCAGAUGCUCUUCAUCAGAUGGCCAAACAACCUCUUCGUUAAGCUCUUGGGCUCUUGGGGCCACAAGACUGGCUCGUCCCAGUUGUACGCCGUCAGCGGUUUGGCUUACUACAUCCAGCCUCCUCUCUCCGUGACGGAUGCCAUGUUGGAUCCUAUCAAGACUGCUAUUUACGUGGCUUUCGUCUUGGGUUCUUGUGCUGUUUUCUCCACCACCUGGAUCGAAAUCAGUGGUACUUCUCCAAGAGACGUUGCCAAGCAGUUCAAGGAGCAGGGCUUGGUAAUUGCUGGCCACAGAGACACCAGCGCCUACAAGGAGUUGAAGAAGAUCAUUCCAACUGCCGCCGCCUUUGGUGGUGCCGCUAUUGGUGCCUUGUCGGUUGUCAGUGACAUGAUGGGCUGUUUGGGCAGUGGUACCUCCAUUUUGUUGAGUGUUACCACCAUCUACGGCUACUAUGAGUUGGCUGUUAAGGAGGGUGGCUUCGCCAAGUCUGUUGUCAGUGGGUUCUCCGACGGAAUAUAA